AUGACAGCGGGAACGGUUGUGAUCACUGGCGGAAUCCUAGCUACGGUGAUCCUCCUCUGCAUCAUUGCCAUCCUGUGCUACUGCAGGCUCCAGUAUUACUGCUGCAAGAAGAGCGGAACCGAGGAUGCAGACGAGGAGGAGGAGCGGGAGCACGACCUUCCCACGCAUCCCAGAGGCCCCAGCUGCAAUGCCUGCAGCUCCCAAGCCCUGGACGGCAGAGGCAACCUGGCACCUCUCACCAGCGAGCCCUGCAGCCAGCCCUGCGGGGUGGCCGCGAGCCACUGCACUACCUGCUCCCCAUACAGCUCCCCCUUUUACAUACGGACGGCUGACAUGGUGCCCAAUGGGGGUGGAGGCGAGAGGCUCUCCUUUGCUCCCACAUACUACAAAGAGGGGGGACCCCCAUCCCUCAAAUUGGCAGCACCCCAGGGUUACCCGGUGACCUGGCCAGGCUCUGGGCGUGAGGCCUUCACCAAUCCAAGGGCUAUUAGUACAGACGUGUAAACCCUUCCACCCCGACCCGCACACACACCCACACUGCUGCCCUGGCGGGGGCCAUGGGGGUGAUAGAUGACCCUCCAACAGCCCCACAUGGGCUGUCUCUGUUUCUUUGGCUUUUCUCGCUCCGCAGUGGAGGGUUUACUAGGAUUUAAGCUUUUGAGUGCAUUGAGAACCAGGACAGGGCCUGGCACCAACUCUGUGGCCCAGAGGUGGGGGACUUCCAGGUCGAGUCUGCAGCUUCGCCAGUUUCUCCGUUGGGACACUCCUCUGGCAGCCCCAGCACCACCACAACCCCUUGCAGUGUGCGCCAGUCCCCUGGAUUCGCUGGACUGCAAAAAGGAGCACCAGGGAAAGCUCAGCAAAGGCUCAGGAGGCCUCCAGGGUCCUCGGGAGAUGAAGCAUCCGUGCCUGGGAAAAGGGGACAGAGGGCAAGGGGAGAAGUGAGAGCUACAAUUCCAGCAUUGCGGAAGCGAGGGGCGGGGCGUCAACGGCACUGCUUCAGGACGCGCUUGCUGAAAAGAAUCCAACAACUAGUUCACAACCCAGCUUUGUACGUUGGUUACCAUAGCUACUGCUGUCACUGUAGCUGCUCCCGUAGGGACGUUGAUUCCUGAACGUAUCACAUCUCACCUGCCCCCUUCCUCGUGGAACGCGUCAAGUUGACUUUAAAGCCUAAGGCGGCUUGUGGGGACUGCACCAGGAAGUGUCUAACCUUGUGUUCCCCAAAAUCCUUUCUCUGCCUUAGGAACCAGCGCCCCCUGCUGGAGAAGUUUUUUCAUUUUGUUAGCCGACCUCUGGUAGCUUAGCAAAGAGACCAGCUGAGUGUCUCUCGGCGCAGCCCACCACGCCGAGUAGCUUGCGUGGAUGCAGUCCUGUGAGGGUGUGCAUAACCGUUCCCAGGUGUACACACACACACACACACACACCAGUAACCACGGGUAGGCACCAGUACAUUCAGGAGCUGUAGAGAGGAAAGAUCUCCCAUGUACCAUCUAGAAGGAAGUCUGAUCCCCAAACAGCUUGAACGAAAGGUGGUUAACGUGACCAGUCCCCAUGGCAGCCAGCGGGCUGGUGAACAGGAAGAGCACGGAGUCUCUUUGGGGCGAUGCUGCAGCGGCUGAAACCACGUCAAGUCCCCCAGAGCCCGGCAUUCUACGUGAGCAUCCACCCGUGACGCCGUGGAGCAGGAUCUUCAUUCAUCCCACCAGAGCAACAGCCCAGUCCUGAGGAUGGGAGGGACGUGACUUAGCCUUGGGAUUCCACGCUCGCCACCCUGCUUUGGCCGCCCUACUCCCCAGUUUCCUGGGGAUGAGCCGCUUAUUGUGUCUCACACCAGCCUCAUUUCGAACCCCGACUUCCCACUUAGAAUGUGGCAGUGGCCUUAUGCUUUGUGAGCGAGAAUCCUGAUGAGUUUUCCAGUGGCCUCUGCAGAAGCUGUCCCCCUUCUAAGGGCAUAGCUAACUCCCUUCCCACUCCUGAGUCACUGAAUUCGAGGAGGGUGGGGCAGGGAAAGGGCUGGCCCCCCUGCUGAAAUCUUGAUUCUGCAUUUGAGGAAGGUCACGGUGCCGCUGGGGGAGCAGGGAGUGGGGAGGGAGGAGGAGGGGAAUGCACAUCUUUUGCGCCACUAUUAAAGCACCUGUCACCUUACAUAAUCUGGAAUCAAAGCACCCUGGGUUGAGAAGCAGACCUGGGCUCUGGUCACACUUUGGUCACUCAUUAGCUCUAGGACCAGUCACUAAUCUCUGAGAUUCCAUUUUCUCCAGGGAAACGAGGCUUGCCCAGAUAGACUAACGACCCUUUAGUGCUCGAAGAAGUAAGAAUUCCCGAAAAAGAUCUGCCGGCCCAGACCACUCUCUCUUGCCCUAAUCCUGGCAGGGUCUGGAUGUGUUUACCCAACUCUGAUCUUGUGUGCAGGGAUGCUUGCUGAUGGAAGAAAGACCACAAUAAAACAAGAUUAGCAGCAAAACAAUUUUAAUUGUCAGUGAAAAGCAAACAUGUUUGUCAGACUCUCCUGUGGAGUCACUUCAAAGGGUAACUCUUCUCUUGUACCAGGAAGCAGCUGUAGGUGGGGUAAUGGGAUCUGUCUCCUGGUGCAGAGCGGCAGCUUACGGCAGCAGCUUCAACAAGCCCGUCCCACGGCCAGCCCUAACUGGGCCAAGUGCAAGCUCCUGAUGAGCUGCUGGGCCUGGCAGCGUUCCCCACUUCCUAGUGCCUUGCUCCCCUGGAAUUCCACAGCCAAUCAACCACAGCAGCCAUGUCCUCCUUGCCAGAAAUAACAUCAUUCGUAUGUCCUGCCUUUGUAAAAAUCAAGACCCAGUUAACCAUCACCCGCUUCUUGCCUCUGAUCGAUGGAGUCCCUGAGUGCAAGCGUCCUUUGCAAUUCCCUCCCUCCUACCGCUUUCCUAGCUAAGCCCUGCUAGCCCCACAAAUCAGAAUCUGGGUUUGGGGCGUUGGAGAGAUGGUGGGCCCCAGCUCUUCCCCACAUAGCCCACGCUGCUCAGGGCACGGUCUCCAAGCAGGUUCGAGAUUGCCUGCCUGCCCACUGCAGGUGCAGGGCCCCACCCUGUGGAAAAGGAAGCUUCCCCCACUCAACUGCACUGUCCUUUUCUGCUGUCUAGUCUGUGCUAAGGGACACUAUUUGUACUCUUUUCAAACGGUGCCCUAAAUUGGAAGAGAAGGAGGGGCCAGGAACACAGCCCUCUCUGCCGUCUUUCUCCACCUCCACUUCACCACUCCUGCUAUAGACUUCUUGUCUUGCAUCUUUGAUAACUUGGAGUCAUAACCAAGUGGAUGUCGGAAUAAAGGAGAGAUUUGAAGUAGAAA